UCUGUUCCGUUUCAGUGAGUGUUUUCCAUCCAGCCUCAGCAGUAAGUGUGAUCCCGUGCACUGUACACAUACCUCACCUGCCGCUGGAAGGUGAUGGGUGUGUCCCGCAUACUUCCCUGUGUCGUCUUCACCCAGUUGUGCAACCACGUUUAAUAACAUCUUAUUUAACCCGAGUAAAGCUGCUCCCACACAGUCGCACACAGCCUGUUUACAUCUAGAGGCGAGCAGGAGCCUCGCAGCAUCGAGGGAAAACACGAAACUCAGAAGUUUGACGACAGAAAGUGAGAGGAGUCGUUUUUCCCUGAGGGUACCUGAACUACACGGUGUCGGCAGCUGCUGGUCAUGGGGGACAUCAAGAAAGGGAAGAAGGUGUUUGUCCAGAAAUGUUCCCAGUGUCACACGGUGGAUGAGGGGGGACGCCACAAGACUGGACCCAACCUGUGGGGUCUGUUUGGGAGGAAGACGGGCCAGGCGCCUGGCUUCUCCUACACACAGGCCAACAUCGAUAAAGGUAUCGUAUGGGGCGAGGACACUCUGGAGGUAUACCUUAAAAACCCUAAGAAGUACAUUCCUGGCACCAAGAUGAUCUUCAGUGGGAUCAGGAAGAAAAAGGAACGAGCGGAUAUUAUCGCCUACUUAAAGGACGCCACCUCCAGUUAGACUGAGGACACAGGACACACAUACAGCUGUGGACAGAAGCGUCACAUCAUUUACAAUAGAUUUUUUUAAAUAUGCAUCACUACAUUGUGUUUCAUUCCAUCUCUGCUGCCACCCUGUCGUGUUUGUCGGAGACUGUUUUUAAUUAUCGUGUGAGUCAGCCCCCGACAGCUCGAAGGCUUCUUAAAGGAGCAGCUACAGUUUUGGGUUUUCUAAAAAAAUGUUUCUUCUGCUCGCACAGAAACUUUGCAUUCAUGCCACUUUAGCUCUUACUGCACUGUUGAUUACUGCUUAAGGUUUUCUGUUAUAUUGUGUUGACUACUCGUUCUCAGUCUCUUCCUGUUUAUUGGUUUUUCUUUUACAGUCUUAGAAUGGGGAGACUGGAUCGUGCGUUGAAUGGUGCUGGAGUGUCUACUCUGUUUUAAUCCUCUGUUUUUAAGACAUUUGGCUUUGACUGUUCUGAAGAUGCACUUUAAAAUUAGUAUGUUUUGUAUUCAUAAGGAAAGUGCGGUCACAGACGUGUAUUUUUUUAUAUAAAACAGCAUUUUUUUAAAGUGUAAUUUUUAAUUCUUAAAGUUAGCCAAUUGCUUACAUUUGUGCAAUGUCAUAUGCCUUUUACUGAGUUACCAAAGUGUACUAUUUAUACUUUUAUACUGUUAUUUCUUUUCUAAACAAUGCAUUGACCUUGACUUGAGAAAACGGAUGUGCAAAUAAAGAAAACUUGGUCCAAUCUUUC